AUGAAUUGGAACUAUUGCCGAGAUAUUCUUAUCGAUGAAUUAGCUGUCGAAGGUCUCGAAGGUUGUACAUUCAAUCAUUUGUAUACUAUUGUUGAACCGUUGUUAUUGCCUACUGAUAAUCGACUUUCGAAUGAGAAUUAUCUUCGUUCAUAUCUAUGGAAAAUUCUUUUAUCGUGUUCAUGCAUUGAACUUUAUGAACUACCUGUUAAACUUCUUCCGCCCGCAUCGCUGAAUAAUCUCGCUGUUGAAAAUGUGGAAUUGAAUCAACGCGGUUAUUCUUCGUCGUAUCAUCAACGAAAAUUGAUAUCCAAUCGGACUGCUUAUAUGAAUCUUGAUGAUGUAUCAACACUCGAUCGGAUUCAUCUUGUUGUCGAACAAAAUGUUCGCGAAUUUCGUAUCAUUCAAGGCCAAUUCGAUACCAAACAAUUGUUCAGUAAAUACGAAUACGCUCUAUUAGAAUGCAUCUGUAAAACCCGGUCGAAAGGUAUUUCAACAUCAGGAAAUGAUGGUCUUGCCAAAAUUUUCAAUAUUAAUAGUAAAUCGUUAUUCUAUUACCUCAAGCAAUUGAUUGCCUUGGACAUCAUUAAAAAACUCAACUUAACUCGACAGUUGGUUGGAACAUUAAAGCAGCCGAUAUUGAUUCUUACUCGAUACAUCACCAAGAAUGAUUACAUGAAUUCGAAAUACACGAUUAUCGACCGGUUGAGUAGUUAUUUGGGACAAUGUAAAAACCAUUCGUGUGAACGAAAUCAUCUGAAAUCGUACUUAUCCUUAGGAGAGAAAUCGUUUCGAUCAUUAAUGAGAAAAUGCAAACGAUUGAAUUUAAUCGAGAAGUACAACAAGACAAUGAACGAAUAUGAAUUAAAGCGGUGUUUAAGUAAUGAACAAGAUUCACCAACAGCAACAACGACAACAUUGAUUUGUUUGAAUAACCGAACACGUUUACGUUCGUAUACGUUUUUUCGUUUGAAAUCAAACGAUAAUACUCAAAAAGAUGAUGAUGAAGAAAUCGCGUCAUCAAGCGACGAGAAUGAACAGUCCGAAGACGAAGAAGAAGUUGAAGAGGAAGCUCUGGACGAUGAAGAUGAUUCGAAUAUGUUACCUCUAUCCGAAGCAUCAAGUCAAUUAGAUCAAAAUAAUCUGAAACUGUACGUCGAUCGACCAUAUCAUUUUCAAUACUAUGAACUAUUAGAACAAGUGAAAGAGAUCGGAUUAUCCCAACGCGAUUUAGCAAACAUUUGUCAUUUAUCAUUCUAUUCUGCCAGAUCCGAAAUCAAAUCGUUGACAAAAAAUAUGAAGCAUAUCUCGUUGAAAAGUGUGCAACUGAAUCAAAAAGGAAAGAUCAUGGAGAAUCGAAUCCUCUUGAAAAAGUUCAUGCCAUCCACGACAACAGCGAAAUCAUUGACGGCGAAUCAUAAUGUUCGACAACAGAUUAUCUCCAAAACGCCACGUGCAAAACGGAAAAAAGAUAGCGCGAAACAAAAAGAUAUCGAAACUACCAUCAUUGAUAGUCCGUCGUCCGUCCCAUCUGCAGCAUUGAAUUCACCGUCAUUUAUCAAAUGUGAACCGGUCGAUGCGGAACAUCUAGACAAUGAACCAUUACUCUCACGUCUACUUUCGUCGGAAACUGUUUGGCGUCCGUCAACUCAAUCUGUUCGCCAAGAAUCUACAAAGAAGAAAUCGAAAACUCGCGUUAAUCCCGUGAAACGAAUCAAUAUCAAACGCGAACAUCGGCUAGAUUUGAUUCGUUCCUAUAUGCAGGAACAUCCGAUUUGUACGCUAACUGAUCUACGUGCUACAAUUAUGUCCAGUGAACGUGAGGAAGGUCUAACGAUUCAUAUGGAUCGCAAAACUCUCGAUAAGUUAGUUGAUGAAUUGGAAAAAGUUCAUCAUUUUCUCUUUCGGUUUACUGCGCGAAUUAAACAAUCACGAACGAUUAUUUGUCUGGCUAUGAUCAGUCCAGACAUUUCACCUGAUUGCGACAAAAUUCAACAGUUUAAAAUCGAACUAUCUCAGGACACAAUCGAAAUACCGUCAACAAACAAAUCAAAACCAAUAUCUCGUGAGCGACUAUCAACGACAACCGUUACAAAUCCACAGGAACAUGUUUCCCAAGAAGAGAAACUAAUGAAUGAUGAUGAAUCAAAAAAUACGAUCGACAAUUUCUUCAACAAUGGAUUGGAAGAAGAAAAGAUUGCAUUACUGAAAAAGAAAUCACUUGAAAACGUCAAUGGCUUUGGAAACUGUUAUGGUUAUGUGUAUAAAUUUCAACGGUGUGCUAUUUUACAUAAAUUCAUGUUCUACUUACUCUAUGGUUAUGAAGGAAAUCUUGAGCAAGAAGAUCUCGACACAAGUUUCGAUUCGGAACAAUCUCUUGUUUCUACUCUACCAGAAGUUCAAGCAAUUCUCGACUCAAUUCCCAACACGCGUCGUUAUACAAAUGUCAAUCAAGGUGCUAAUUGGAAAACUUUCGUUCCGCCAUUAGAUACUCGUGGUCGAUCGAUUCCACCUGGUUGUCUUUAUCUCGAUGAUUUUCUUAUGUGUAUGCCAAUUUCGAUCUUUCUCGCAAUUGUCUAUGUUCCAUAUAAAGUUCCUGGCUUGAUGGAGUUACUUUCUCACCCAACGAAACGUUAUAUUCUCGUUCGUGACCUUCCGGCUGAAAUGCGCUAUCCGCUGGUCGUUCGUCGACAUUAUCUCUAUCGAAUAAUCGAAGUUUUGAAGUAUCUGUCAACACUUGGUCUGAUUACAUUCGUCGAUCGUCCGACAAUUAGUCGCUUAGAAAAGUUGAAUACAUUGAUUUACCUUCAUCCGAAAGCGUAUUUAAUAAAUACAAUCAAUCAAACGAAUAAUUCCAAUGGACCGAUUGAAAACAUGUCGAAUUAUCCGAAACAGAUGUACAAUUUUACGUCGUUGACACAUGUCAAUCGAUACUGGUUUGAUUUAAUUGAAAUUGCGCUGAACACAUAUCGAGUGAAGAUCUUUUCACGAAAGCAAGAGCGUUCACAUAUUGUUGAAGUACUUAAACAAGCAGCGAAACCGAUUCCAAUGGAAAAUAUCGAAGAAACCAAAACUCCACUGGGAAAAUCCAAUGGCCCAGCGGGCUUCGAUUAUGAUCUAUAUCUAUUCUUACGUAAAUCAUGGAAACUUCCAUACAAUAACAAACGAAUCUUGAAAUUACUCAAUCGGGAAGCAAAUCACUGCUGUAUUCCUGUUUGUGAAUUGCGUGUACCUAUCGAUGUGGCAUUAAAACGUUCUUACACGCGACAUUUAACACAAAAACGCAAGAAUAAUAGUCGAAAACGCGACAUGAAUAUGUCAACGACUAGUUUCGAUAAUUCAUCUAUACACUUAACAACAACAGCUCCAUCGUCUCUUCAUCGUUCGAGACGAACGACUCAUUUUGUGACGAAGCCUUUACCUGGCGUCGAAUACUACGGCCAUUUAUCACGGUAUAUCGUUCCGUAUGAUCUACUGAAUCAGUUACAAUUUGUCGAUCGACGAAAGAAACUAUUGUAUCAAUAUACUCGAGAAAAGAACAAAGGCAUUCUACAUCGUUUCAAUGAAAUUCUACAGGAUACAUCGACGAAGAAAAACAAGACUCGAAAGGGAAAGAAAGGCAAAGGAAACGAUGAUCAAGAUUCAGACGAGGAUUUAGAGCAUGUCAAUUCCACUGCUCUUCGUGUUCGAUGGUCGCCGAUCGAAGAACGUGUGAUAUCUUUAAUCAAUACUGCUUUGACAUUUUAUCUUCCACGAAAACAAACAGAAAAUUCUGAUUCUUCGAAAGAUUCGACAACAACUGGAAGUCGUCGUCCAGCUGCAUUUCUUCCAUUCAAUAAGGAAUUAUUUCGUGCUUGUCUCGUUCGUAUUCUUCCUCGUUCGGCACGUUCGAAAACACCUCAAAAUGUCGUGCGUAAGAUUAAAAACGACAUGACACAACAGACACGUUUAACUCAAUUGGAACAUCUUUCGGUACUGUGCUCUACGGAUACAUAUUUAUUGACAUUUCGUAAUGAAGCAAAACGUUAUCUCAAACAACGAUUUCGUUCUAAUGAACACUUUUUCCUUUUACUUUUCGAAAGAAUAUUUCUCAAAUUCCAAAAUUUUAUUCGUACAGGAUACUUACAUUGCAUCCCGCAAGGUACAAUUGAAUAUUUACCAUGCUCGAGGGAAGAACUCUUCAAACAAUACACGAUCAUUGGAAAACCAACUACUGAUCUCAGUUCAUUGUACCAACCUGAAACAACAAAAUCGAUUUUAAGCUCAACAAUAAACAUGGCUACGCACAGUUCUCUUUUAUCCAACGAACGUUCCGGUACGGCCAAAGCAUUCAUUCUUCACUAUAUCUUUUCUCAAUAUCCCGAGUCCUUGCUCAACGAGGUAGUUUAUCGAUUAAUGCACACGGAUGCAGUAAUUACAUUAACCAAGUCGAAUGAUAUUCAACGGAAAAUUUCCAGUGAAGCAUCAACAUUUCUUGCUGGCCGAGCAUAUCAUAUCAAUCAACGAUAUAUCUACCGUUGGUACACUUAUAUGCCUGCUACGGUUCUUCACGAGACAUAUUCUUGGAUUCAAGAGAAUAUCUUGUCAAAGAUCGAUAUUAAUAACGUCGAUGAGCAGAUGAAUGUCGUUAUUGAUAUUGAACAACAAAAUAACGUUGCAAUUGCCGCUUCGUUUAUAACCUUUUUCGAUACGAAUCAUUUCGAUAUUCAAUUAGCAUUACCAAAAAGUCUGGACGAUGAGCCCGAAAUGAUGGUGUCGAAAAUGCCGAAGAAUACCGACGAAUUGAAUACCGACGAUGAUGAUGACGACGACGACGACGAAGAGAAUGAUGAUGAACAACAUGAGAGAGACUUUCAACAAGUUCUCCAGAGUGCACGACGAAUUAAUCAAACGCGUUAUGAACAUACUCCUAAACGAAAGCUUUCUACGGACGAAGAUAAAACAUCGACAAAAAAAUCAAAAACAACAACGAAUAACGAUAAUAAUACACGUUCAAAACCAUCUGGUCCCAUUCGUCAUCAAUGUCAUGAAUGUCCAAAAUCGUUUCUUAAUCGAACAAGUCUAGUUCGUCAUUGUCACCGACAGCACGAUCAACAUCGACAAGUGAAAUCGAAUAAAACAUCCUUACGUCCUGGGCUACCAACACAAAACCCUCUCGGGCGGGGCCGACAUGCCACUGACACAUCAUCUCUUAGUUGCUGUUCAAUCAAUUUCGUUCUCUCCCAUGAAUUUCUUCAACAGCAAUUUCAACAUUUCUACGCUCAGAAAACUCUGCAUAUAAUUGACAAAUUGAUUCAACGUUUUCCCUUCUACUCAGCUGUUUAUGAUCAGGAACAACAGAUCGAUUCCGAUGAAACAAAUCUUCUACUUACUUCAAUUCUAAGCGCCCAUGAAUUCGGCUUAACCUUUCAUCACUUGUACCAACAAGUGAAAUCCGUCAUGACCUUCUGUGAAUGUGUCAAACAAUUGAAUGAUUAUCUCGUUCGCGGAAUCGUCAUUGCUGCAGGAAGUCGCACACGAAUAUUUGUGCAUCGAAAAUAUGCACGAUCAUGGCUGAUCUACUCUAUUCGUUUCCGACAACACGACGAUAACAAUAAUAACAAUCUAGAAACUUUAUUGACAAGUACUUUUGUCGAAUCGCCAACCACAUCGAAAACAUCGACAACGGAGAUUCAAACAACGCAAAACGAUCGACAAAUGAAACUUUUCAAUUUCUCAAAUGGAGACAAUCAGCUCAUUUCCGAUCAGUGCGAACGUAUUGUCUUUGUUCCUCGUCCAUGGAAAUCAACCGAUGGCACGAUAAACUAUACUGUUUUGCAACGUAUGAUGGAAUCGCUAUUACUAUUCAUCAUUGAUCAUCCAGGUGUGAAUCUUGAGUAUCUGUACGAACAUUACAAAUGUGUUCUUCAACCAGUGGCGAUUGAUGAUUGUAUUGAAUUAUUUCAACAGAUGAAUUGUUUAGAAACUGUUCGAGUAUCAUUGAAAAGAACAGUAGAGAAACAAAUCGAUCUUUAUUCGACUGAAGAUUCCGAUUCCGACGAUGACGUGCACGAACAAGAAGAAGAAAAUUGUCAAUACGAUCACAACAAUGAUCUCGAACGUAUAUUCUACAAAGCAAAUUACAAUCAUCAGCAAACAACACUGUAUUGCUUUCCAACGUAUGAUUGUUUAGCAAAAUUCGGUGUUUCGUUUCCAUCUUCACUCACUAGCCAACAACAUGGAAUCGAUCGCAUGCCGUUUCCUAGUUAUUAA